UUGUCAUAUGCAAUGAAACAGCAAAUCAACACUCCAAAAACAGAAAGAAGGAAAUGGAUUCCAAGACAGUUGUAGCUGAUAAGCCUCAUGCAGUUUGUGUUCCAGUCCCAGUUCAAAGCCACAUAAAGGCAAUGCUAAAAUUUUCAAAGCUUCUCCAUCAUAAAGGUUUUCACAUAACCUUUGUGAACACCGAGUUCAACCACCAACGUUUUCUGAAAUCUGGAGGUCCCAACUCCUUAGAUGGCUUGCCUGACUUCCAAUUCAAAACCAUUCAAGACAGUCUCCCCCCAUCGGAUUCCAAUGCCACCCAAGCCCUCCCAUCUCUUGCCGAUUCCGUUAUGAAAAACUUCUUGGCCCCAUUUUCUGACUUUCUUGUGAAACUCAACACUACAACUUCCAACAAUCCUCCUGUGACUUGCAUUGUCUCGGAUGGUUUCAUGCCAUUCACUGUCACAGCUGCUCAACAACUUAAAAUCCCUACUGUAAUGCUCUUCACUGUCCCUGCUUGUAGCUUAAUGGGUUUUAUGCAGUUUCGUCCUCUAAGGGACAAAGGCCUCACGCCACUUAAAGAUGAGUGCUAUCUAACAAAUGGGUAUCUGGACACAAUUAUAGACUGGAUUCCAGGUAUGAGAGACAUCCGUCUGAAGGACCUCCCAAGCUAUGUUCGAACUACAGAUCCAAAUGAUGUUAUUUUCAAGCUUGCCAUUGAGGGGGUGGAGAGUGCUCUUAAAGCUUCAGGAAUUGUUAUUCACACAUUUGAUACAUUAGAGCAAGAGGUUUUGGAUGCUCUCUCUCCCAUGUUUCCUCGAGUAUAUGCCAUUGGCCCUCUCCAACUACUUCUCAAUCACUUGCCCAAUGACCCACUGAAAUCAAUUAGAUAUAGUUUAUGGGAAGAAGAAACUGAGUGCCUCCGUUGGCUUAACACUAAGGCACCCAACUCAGUAGUGUAUGUGAACUUCGGCAGCAUAGCUGUCAUGACACCAUUGCAAUUGACUGAGUUUGGCUGGGGACUUGCAAAUAGCAAGCAUCCAUUUUUGUGGAUAAUUAGGCCGGAUUUAGUUGAGGGUGAAUCAGCAAUUUUGCUACCGGAGUUCAUGGAAGAAAUAAAGGAAAGAGGUCUAAUAGCGAGUUGGUGCCCUCAAGAGGAAGUGUUGAACCACCCCUCAAUUGGAGGGUUCUUAACGCACUGUGGGUGGAAUUCAAUCAUUGAAAGUAUGUGUGCUGGAGUGCCUAUGCUUUGUUGGCCAUUCUUUGCGGAUCAGCCAACAAACUGCAAGUACACUUGCAAUGAAUGGGGCAUUGGCAAGGAGAUUAAUAAUGGUGCCAACAGAGAGGAAGUAGGAAAGCUUGUGAGAGACUUGAUGGAGGGAGGCAUGGGUAAGAAAAUGAAGAAAAAGGCCCUGGAGUGGAAAAAAUUGGCUGAAGAGGCCACUGGUCCACAUGGUUCUUCAUCCAUCAACUUCAAUAAUUUGAUGAAUGAAGUGCUUUUACAAAAAGUCUAGAUGCAUUUGAAGCAAAAAGUGUUGUGAUAAAUGCAUGUUGUUAUUUUGUUCAAUUUGCUUAUAUUAAUAAACUUUAAUAGGGCAUGUCA